UUGCAGUGUAAGCCUUCUGGGAUGCACUAAACACCAGGCAGGGUUCUACGUGUACUCUGACGUGGAGUACCUGGAGCUUUUGCAAGGGGCGUGUUAGGUUUCUUGCAGCUUGCACCUGAGCAUCCAGAGUGCACUGCAAAUCCCAGCCCCAAACUUCCGCUUCUACAGAUCUGGAGAGCGUGGCACACUCAACUUUCUGGACAUUGCUGCAAAAAACCUAGCAUGCAGCCUCUGACUUCAUCAUUUCAUCUUAAUUACGGUCCGAUUCGCGGACUUUGGGUGGGAACAGACCAGAACUAGAGAGACUCAUCCAUUAGUUACUGACUACCCAGAGGGGAGGGCGGUGCUGGCAGUCCAAAUUGCAAGGUGCGCGGCCUUCAGUGUGCGGCGUCUUCGCCCUGAGGAAGCAUUACGCCGGCCCGCCUGCCUCCAGGACCACACGGAAACGUGUUCUGCAAACUUUCUCCAAGGGCUUGGGGGCUAGAUUGGGUCUCGCUCCUCUGCCUCUACCCCUGCCUCAAUUUCGACUCGCGCCAGACAGCUCAGCCCCUUCCUCUGGCAGUCACCCUGCCCAGAGUGGGAGUGGUCAACGAAGCUGCAAAAUGGAUCGCAGGUCCCCAUACACGCCCGACCCCUCCCCGCGCCCUGACCACGAACGCGUCCCUGACUUAAUGGCCACACUCGGGCCUUGAGCGCCUGCCAGCAGGGCCUUCCGCCACACACACAGACACCGCAAGCAGCGGCGACGAGGGCAGGAGCCUACUCCCCGCCACGUGCAGGCGUCGGACCCAAAGUCCACGCGCCGGAACUCAGAGCAGGAGCCGAAGGACCCCAGCGCAGAAUCCGUGGAGGGGCACGGCUUCAUCCACCGCGCUCCCAGAUGGGGUCCCAGCCCAGAUACGGCCACGAAGACACAGGCGACCCCGGCCUGGGUUUCCUGUUCCAUGAGAUCCAGGAAGGCGACAAUGCGAAGGCUGUAGGGACUUUGGUGAUUGAAGGUGGAGGAGACGAUGAGAAGAAAAUACGGUCCAAACCCGAGCAGGGAGCUGGAGCAGAAAAAGAAAGUCACUUCUGUGCGGGAGCUGCCGACCCCACGAUCAAGGAGAACCAGAAGCGCGGCGGUGGCGACCAGGAGCCCUCGCAGCAGCAGCCUGAGGCUUCCAGCCCAGGGCUCCUCCGCGGAGGAGCCACAACCCCAAUAUUAGCGGCGUCUCUUCAGCCCCAGUGCGUUCAGCAGGUUGCACCUGAAGGAGCUAGACAGCAUUUUCCCACGCUCUGAAUAUCCCGACGUGUUCGCUCGAAAGCAGCUGGCAAUAUGCAUAGAUGUGAGUGAAGCCGAAGUGGAAGCCAGUAAGCCUGAUGAAAGCAAUUGGUCAGAGGAGCCACUCUCUGAAACCUGCCUCAGUCCUUGAAUACGUUUGUCCUACACAUUCUCCAAUUGGCCUGUUUUUGUUGCCUUUUCUAUGUUUGCCAAGUGAGUUUUGAACUUUAGCGGGGGAAUAAUGGGAUACAUAAACCUUAGCCUAUGGAAAUUUCCCAUUACCAGAGGGAAUAUGCUUUCUAAUGCGAAACAGAACUAAACUGUUACUUCUAUUUCCUGUACAAGAUUAAGUAUAAAUAAAGUUCCAUUCCUUCUAACAA